AUGGCAUACGCUACUAUCACCGAACAUUUACUUUCUCUUUCUGAACUAUCCGCACAGUAUCCAUCAAGUAGAAUCAAUAUUGAUGAGCCAUCAAAAUCACUUGGUUUGACUUCUACUGACGCUCAACGCUUACUCAUUCAAUAUGGAGAAAAUAAAAUCGCCUAUCAUAAAACAACUAUGAAAAAAGUGAAGAAUGCACUCGUUAAAUGCAUCGGAAAACCAAUUAAAAACGAAUUCUAUUCUUUCCCUUCACCAUGUCAUAUCAUUCGUGAUGGAAAUGUGGUAUCAAUUUCAAGUGUGGAGGUGGUUCCUGGCGAUUUGGUUCAAUUGAAGACGAAUGAUACUGUACCGGCCGAUAUUCGUAUUAUUGAAUGUAACGAUAAUCAACUAUUGACUGUCUAUAUGAUGGCCUUAACUAGUAAGGAUUCGUAUCCACGAUAUUGUACAGUCAACUCAACAAAUGAGGAUAUAAUGGAAACCAAAAAUUUGUGUUUUGCUGGUUUCGUAGUACAGGAAGGUCAAGGUCUGGGAUUGGUAGUGAGAACUGGACUAAACACGAUGCUGGGACGUUUGGUGCCACUGAUGGCGUUCAACGAGAAUUGA